GGGAAAUCAGAAAUCCUGCAGCUCCUAGAUUGUCAUAAGAAUCAACUUGUUCUCUAACAAAAUGGUUGAUCAUCUCCUGGGAACAUGGAAAUCAACUUCUUGUGAAAAUUUUAAUGAAUAUAUGAAACAACUGGGAGUAGGAUUAGCUAGCAGGAAGCUGAGCAGUCUGGCCAAACCUAUUAUGACCAUCAGUGCAAAAGGGGAUUUGAUUACCAUCAAGACCAAAAGCAUCUUUAAAAAUGAUGAAAUCUCCUUUAAGCUGGGAGAGGCAUUUGAAGAAACCACACCAGAUGACCGAAAAACCAAGAGCAUUGUAAUCUUGGACAGCGGCUCUUUGACUCAUGUGCAGAAUUGGGAUGGCAAAGAGACUACCAUAAAGAGAAAGCUGGUGGAUGGGAAAAUGGUGGUGGAAAGUGCCAUGAAUGACAUUACCUGUACUCGAAUAUAUGAGAAAGUGUGAAGAAACUCAGUCUCAAGCCAAGCACAAACAUGAAACAAUGACACCCACGCUUCUGGGGGCAUUUCAAUAAAACUCCAAAGCAAAAUGUCAUGACAAUUAAUGUCACUUCAACGCUGAACAAAACUUAACAACUUUGGUUACCAUGUCAGAUUUCCCUGUAGUCAAGGAAGUAUUUUGAAUAGUUAUAAAUAAAGCAGAAG